AUGAUUGCGAUUUCGUCGGCCGAAGACUUUCACGCCGCAGUCGCGGCCACGACAGAGAAGCCGUUGGUGGUUUUCUUUUCGGCUCCAUGGUGCGGCGGCUGCAAGAUGGUAGCACCGAAAGUCGCAACGCUUGCUGAAGAACUGGCACCAAGCGCUACGUUUGUUCAAGUGAGUGCUGAGGAACUCAAAACGCUCUGUGAGGAGAUAGAAGUGGACGGGUUUCCGCACUUUCGCGUAUACAAGGAGAGCAAGAUCGUGGGCGACUAUACGAGCUCCAAGUUUGAUAAGGUGGACACAUUUGUCCGCGAGCUAAUAGCGCCUGACACGCUGCAGAAGAGGGAGGAGGAGACGCCAGAGAGCGACAAAAUGACGAAGGAAGAUACGAGGGUGAAGGAGGAGGAGAUCGUUGUGGAGGGCGAAGAAGGAACGAAGAAACGUCAGGAACGCGAGGAGAUGGAGUCGAAUGACGAACACGUUGUAAAGAAGGCUAGGACGGACGAGACAGCUGCUAGAGAAGCUGGAAAGGAGGAGAUGAUCGCUGAGACAAUGGAGAACGUGGAUAAGGCAAUGGAGAAAGUGACUAAGGUAAUAACGUACAUGGCUGACACAGCGGAGAAGGUGGAGGACGUGGCUGAAGAAGUUGAGGAGGUCGCCCCUGAAGCUGCUGAGACGACGAACACGUCACAAGAUGAAGCUGAAACGACGGAUGUGACAUCAGAGGUGGCGGAAAAGAAGCUCGAUGAACUACCGUCUGCCAACAAGAUUGACUCUAGUGACGUGACUGCUGUGGAUGCUGCUUUAACGUAA